GAGUCUGAUCUGAACCAUCCAAGGAAAGCCCAAGGAGAAGCAGUUGACUAACUCCUCCGAUGGGACCCACCCACCCAUCUCAUGCUCAGCUCAGCUCAGCUCAGCUCAGCUCGAGCUCAAGAAGCCACUCCACCGGCACUGGCAGGGCAGAUUGGGGGAGCGGUUGCAUUGCACACCGAAAGAAAGACGCAGAAGAAGAAGAAGAAGAAGAAGAAGAAGAAGAAGAAAAAGCAGGAGGAGAAGAUCCAACUGAUCCGCUUCUUCUUCAACUAAUAAAAACUCUUUCCUUCCUCCCUCCUUCCCCCGCCAUCAUCAUCAUUAUCAUCCCUUACUAUGGCCCUAUUGAGAGACUGACUGGUCAGAUCACAAUCACACACGCUCACCAUCACAAACAGAGCAGAGCAGAGCUGAGCUGAGAGAGAGAGAGAGAGAUUAAUUUGGAAAGGAAAGGAGUUCCAUCCAUCCAUCCAUCCAUCCAUCCAUCCAUCUUUAUAGUUUAUAUGGAUUUGAGACAGAUUUAAUCGAUCCAUCGAUAUCGAUAAUCCCCCAGUCUUCGUCUCCUGUCCUGCUGCCUCCACCGUUUUCCUGUGAUUUGUUUAUGGGUGUGCUUCUUUCUGCUGCUUUGUUGCUGCUCUCUGUCUCAGUCUCAGCCUCAGCCUCAUUCUCAGCCUCAGCCUCAGCCUCAGUCUCGUUCUCAGGUAACAAACAAUUCUUCUUCCAACUUGUAUUUGUCUGCUUCAAUGCAAUUUUAAUUUGAGGCUCUACCUUGCACCCGAUUGUUUUUAGCAAACCAAAAAAAAAAAAAACCUAAGAAAGGAAAGGUUGAACCUUUGCCCUCUCCUCUUUCAAGUUCUCAACCUCAUUACAAUAGAAUACCCACAACACCCACACCCAUUCAAAUGCAAAUGCGUUUUCUUAAGCUCAUAGAUCGAUUCAAGAGCGCCCAAGUUCACGCCCUCAACCCACCCCUACCUGAAGAAACCUCUUCUUCCUCCUCCUCCUCCUCCUCCUCCGUUGAUGCUUCUUCCGCCACCGCCGCAGCAGCUGGCGACAACAAGCUCAACCCUCCCUUGCUCAAGCUCAUCCGGUCGAGGCCCAAGCCCCACAACUCCCUCUCUCUUGCCGAUUCUCUUCUCCUUGCUUAUGGUCUCCCUAAUGCCCAACUCAUUGAACCCCCCAUUGAGCCCCACCUUCGACCCCUCAAUUUCGUCCAUGCUCUCGCCGAUAUCUACCGCCGCCUCCAGGCUUCCUCGCUUCAUGACAAGGCACUUAUCUGCAUCGAGCAGUACUCGGUUCUCCGUUCCCUCGGCGACCCCAAGCUUCUCAGGCGAUGUUUAAGCAACGCUCGUCUUUUCGCUUCCGAUGUUCACUCCAAAGUUGUUCUCUCUGCGUGGUUGCGGUUUGAGAGGGGAAUGGAUGAGCUUCCUGGUUUCUCCACAGUCGAGUCCCCCGGUGAUGAUCUAAUUUGUCGGUGCGUGUCCAAUUCAGUCUGUGGUUAUUGCCAAUCCUGUCGAGAGGGACCGAGUGCCCUGGUUCUCGACGAGAUUGAGGACUCGAAUUCGGAGGAGGAGAGUGGCGUUCUGUUCUGUGUAGGCAAUGAGGAGGUCCGCUGUCUUCGGAGUAAAAUCGCAGCUCUAUCCCUUCCAUUUAGGACAAUGCUGUAUGGUAGUUUUGUUGAGUCAAAGAGGGAAAUUAUCGAAUUUUCUCAUAAUGGGAUAUCCUUGAAGGGAAUGCAAGCAGUUGAAAUCUACAGCAGGACGAAAAGACUGGACCCGUUUGGUCCUGAGAUUGUGAUGGAGAUGCUCACUUUUGCUAACAGAUUCUGCUGUGAGGAGAUGAAAUCUGCGUGCGAUGCCUAUUUAGCUUCACAGGUUGGUAAUCUCGAGGAUGUAACAGCUCUUAUGGACUAUGGAUUGGAGGAGACGGCACAUCUUCUCGUAGCUUCAUGCCUGCAGGUUCUAUUGAGGAAGCUCCCGCGUUCAUUGUAUAUUCCAAAGGUGAUGAAGCUCUUAUGUAGCUCAGAGGCAAGGGAGAGGUUAGCAAUGGUGGGGCAUGCUUCUUUCAUGCUUUAUUAUUUCCUAACACAAGUCGCGUUGAAGGAGAGUAUGGUAGCUGACACAACACUCGUGUUGCUGGAGAGGUUAAAAGAGUGUGCCACAGAGAAGUGGCAGCAGGCCCUUGCUUUGCACCAAUUGGGCUGUGCCAGGCUUGAAAGGAAGGAAUUCAAGGAAGCUCAGAGCUGCUUUGAGGAGGCAGCUGAAUUGGGUCAUGCCUAUUCCAUAGCAGGCAUUGCAAGAGCUAGGUAUAAGCAGGGGCAGCAGUAUCUAGCCUAUAAGUUGAUAAACUCUGUCAUCUCUGAGAACAACAAACCCUCGGGAUGGAUGUUUCAGGAACGAUCUUUAUAUGGGAUCGAGGGGGACAAGAUUUCUGAUGCAAAUGCCGCGACUAAAUUGGACCCCACUCUCUUGUUCCCUUACAAGUUGAGGGCUGUUGUGAAAGCAGAGGAGCAGCAGAUCAGGGCAGCUAUAUCAGAGAUUGACAGAAUUAUCGGGUUUAAGCUUGCAACCGACUGCCUCGAAUUGCGGGCUUGGUUUUCAAUUGCAGCCGAAGAUUACGCAAGUGCCAUCAGAGAUAUUAGGGCUCUUUUAACUUUGGAACCCAAUUACAUGGCGUUCAAUGGGAACAUUAGUGCAAACCGAUUGCUCGAGCUGCUGAGUCAUCAGAUUGAGCAAUGCAGUCAGGCUGAUUGUUGGAUGCAACUCUAUGAGCGGUGGUCUUCUGUUGAUGACAUUGGGUCUCUUGCAGUCAUCCAUCACAUGCUUGCAAAUGACCCUAAGAAGAGCCUUUUAUGGUUUCGGCAGUCUCUGCUUCUCCUGCGGUUGAAUAGUCAAAAGGCUGCUAUGAGGAGCUUGCGUUUGGCUCGAAAUUUCUCAACAACUGAACAAGAGAGGCUGGUAUACGAAGGGUGGAUUUUGUACGACACUGGGAACCGUCAAGAAGCUAUCUCUAGGGCCGAGAAAUCUAUUUCGAUCCAAAGGUCUUUUGAGGCUUUCUUCCUUAAAGCAUACGCAUUAGCAGACACAAUUUUGGAUCCUGAAUCUUCCUCAUACGUCAUUCAACUUCUAGAGGAAGCUCUUAAAUGCCCUUCAGAUGGUUUAAGGAAAGGGCAGGCUCUGAAUAAUUUAGCCAGUAUUUAUGUGGACUGCGGCAAAUUGGAACCUGCCGAAACUUGCUAUAAGAAUGCACUCGAUAUUAAGCACACAAGAGCUCAUCAAGGUUUGGCUCGUGUUUAUCAUAUGAAGAAUCAAAGGCAAGCAGCAUAUGAUGAAAUGUCCCAGCUUAUAGAGAAAGCACAAUAUAAGGCAUCGGCAUAUGAGAAAAGGUCAGAAUACAGCGACCGUGAGAUGGCACAAAGUGAUCUUAAUAUGGCAACGCAGCUGGAUCCGCUGAGGACAUAUCCUUACAGAUAUAGGGCCGCAGUUCUAAUGGACGACCAGAAGGAGGCCGAAGCUGUGGAAGAGCUUACGAGGGCCAUAGCAUUCAAACCCGACUUGCAAAUGCUUCACCUUAGAGCGGCUUUCUACGAGUCGAUAGGAGACCUCUCAUCUGCUCUUCAGGAUUGUGAGGCGGCUCUGUGUUUGGAUCCAACCCAUAUGGACACGCUCGAUCUGUAUCAACGUGCCCAUGGCAGAGCUGCUGAACAAGUUAAAGUGAGCAUCUCUGGCAGCUAAAUCCGAGAUGAUCUUUUUGAGGCACAGGGAAAGGAUGGAUGGAAUAUAGUCUCGUUCUAAUGAAGAACAACGAAGGCAUUUUCAUGAUAUCAUUCCUUCCCCUGAGGCUUGAGUUCGGACCGGAAGAAACUUGUACAGAGGGGAAUGAAUUGGCAGGGGAAAGAAUUAUUCGGGUGACAGAAGGGAAGAGGAAACAAUAGAAAGGGACCGACUUUGAUUUCAAGAGGUUGGGAAACUAGAACGAGAUUACUUAGUGUUUUGGGGUUGGAGGAGAUUGUUUCUCUGUAAUUUCUUUGUAUAUAAACAGAUUCAAGUGAACAGAAGCAAAAUAUUAUUAAUAGAGGAAGAGAUGGGUCAAUGGGAGGAGGAUGGAUGGAUGGAUGGAUCUAUGGUGAUUUGCUGCAAUAAUAGAAACAUUUGCUUUUAAAUCCGA